GAGUUGGAAAGGGCCAAAGCUUCAGUUAAAAAAUGGACAUUGGAAUGUAGAAACUGGGACUACAGAGAUAUGUGCAAAGAGUUCCCCCACAAGGCUUCAAGACAUACUUUGCUGAAUAAAUUGCAGAGACAAGGCUAUUUUGUGGCCAAUGCACCGUGCAAAGAAGACCUGGAGCCUGAUGAAGAAAGGCCAACAUCCAGUGUGGCUGCAACUCUUCCUCAAGCCAGAGAGGAGGAGAGAGCCUCUGAGGAAGAACCAAAGUCACCUGAAGUUUCCACUGCACAUUCGAGUGACCCAUCCUGGCAAAGACCAACCUCAGCAGGCAACACAGACGUGAGACAGAACAUGCAGAGUAUGGGACUGUAUGAAAGAUUUCCACCAGAGACACCUCUCAUAGCAGGAUUCAAGAAGUACUUGCUUGAAACUCUGGAUGUCCGCAACUGCCAACAGGAGGUUGAUAAUGUCUCCAGGAUGCUGAGGUACAUCCAGCCCAGUGGAGAAGAUGUUAGCCUGGACUUUCUCACCAAGAUGGCAGAAACAACAGACUACAUCGAAAACCUCCGGAGGGCAAAGAUGACUUCAGCGACCAUUUUAAAUUAUGUAAAAAAUAUGAUCCGUUUUAUCCAGUUUUUAAAGCUUGAGCUGUCCUUCAAAGAUUCCGCUUCAAUACACUUACCAAAAUGCCAAGCUUACAUCGACCUGCUCUCGACGCUACGGAAACCAGUUUCCAAGCAGCACAGCCAGGCUGUUUGUAAAACCAGAUACGACCGCUAUGUCGAGGGUCAGCGCAGUCUGCAUGAGUGCCAUAAAGUGAUGCGGGUAUGCAAAAAGGACAUGCUUGGCAUUUUGGCAAAACUGCUGGAGCAACAGCAAAUCUCAAGAGAAGAGAAAACGUUGUUCCGCUACUACUGUGAAGCUAUCAUCCUCCUGAAACAUUAUCAAAGACCAGGAGUGGUAGAAGGAUUUACAGUUUCAGAGUGGAUGAAAAGGACGAGCCAUGAUGGAAAAAUUGUCAUUGGUGUUAGCCAGCAUAAGACAGCUAACAUGCAAAUCGCCACAUUUGCCCUGAACACGGAGCAGGCAGCAAUGCUAGAUGCAUACUACCAUUACGUUCGACCUGAAUAUGUGAAAGAAUCCGGAGAGGAGGAGGACCGGUUUUUCAUCGGUUCACAUGGAGGACCCGUGAGCUGUGCCAGCCAGGAUCUAUCCCGUCUGCAUGCACACUACAAAUUACCAAAUGUGAACACCCAGGAGAUCCGGAGUGUGGCGGAAACCCUAGCAGGCCAAAUCUGUACAGAGGAGCAGAAGACCACAGUGGCACACUACUUGGCACACAGCAAUGUAGUAGCAGAGGGAAAGUACAGGACGAGUACCCUCGAAGAAGCAGUUUUGGCCAGCAACCUAAUCGGUGGCUUUGACAAUUCUUCUGAAGAUUCUGGCACUGAAAUGAGUUCCCGGGCAGAGAAGAGACCGAGAGAUGAAGAUGAUAACAAAGGAAACCUGGCAAAAUUUCUUAAUUACUUCCCAGUUAAUCUAGAUGGCCAGCCACCUUCGAAAAAGAAAAGAGUUCAGGCUGGUUUCUCUGAGGGCAGAGUCUUCUAUGACAAGUGGAGGUCUCUCCAGUAUGCCAAAAGGGAAGAACAUCUUUUGUCCAAGUACACAAGGAAUUGUCCCACCAUCCAAAGGGUGAGACAAGACAUUAGCAAGGAUGGAUGGAAGGCCAAUCACCCCUCCCCGGAGGACAUCGUGGCAAAAUGGCAGCCGCCUAAAAGAAAAACAGUCGAGAGGGAUGCAAAGAUUUUGAAAAAUAUUGAAAAACAAAACUGGUCAGGUCUGACCAUCAAGGACUUUGGUGGUACCAAAGGCGAAGGAGUUGUUGCCACCAAACCGUUUUUGAAAGGUUCCAUCCUCUGUGAUUACCACGGAAGGAUCAUCACAGCAGCAGAAGGGCAGGAGAUUCAAAAAACCAUCGAUGAACAGAAGUGCUACCUCUUUUUUUUCAAAGACUUGUGCAUUGAUGCAAAAACCUUCCCUUGCGAGUGCCACCCAGACAAGGAGACCGUUGGGAGGAAAAUUAAUCAUUCAAAAAAAAAUGCAAAUGUAAAACCUGUUCAUAGCCAGAUGCAGUUCCCUGAUGGUACCAAGGACAUCAUACUUUUUGAGGCCAUCAAAGACAUUUGUAUUGAUGAGGAAGUCAAGUUUGAUUAUGGUGUCAACAGAAAGUCGUAUGGGGGAGAAGGACAUGACUUAGAGUGGCUGGAGGACUGAAUUAAUGUAUUUUGACUAUGCUGAAUGUAACAUACAAUUGUGUCAGGCAAUAAAGAGCUUGUGAUUUCACCUUA